GGAUAGAAAUCAUGUUUUGGGCUCAAGCAUUGCUUUCCAAAUGUAGGCAUAAGAGGGCAUUCCAGGACGUGUGAAGGAAGAUGCUUGCGUUUCCAAGCUGCUCGUUAGCCCUUGGUUGUUGGGCAGAGGUGACGAUCAUAGAGACAAAACAACGUUGCAGUUUGUUGGUUGACAGUUGACGCUUUCAAAAUCUCAAGACGUGGGAUGGGAGGCACAUCACUUUUGGUGCAUUGGCCUUUUCCAUACUAGCGCAAAUCAUCAAACUUAAGCAUGAUUUAAAGAAAGGACAUGUCGUUUGUUGGGCCUGCUAGUAAGGUUGCAGUUUGAGAAGAACAGCAAAGGGAAAAAACAACAGAGAAGAGAUUAUCACACUGGCCUAGAGAGUGCCAAUUGUUAGUUUUGAUGUUGUGAAAAUGAUGUUUUCUUAACUUCAAAGGAAAACUAUAUGAACUAAAAUCUGUAUCUACUGAAUAUUUAACUCAACCAGAAUCCUAACAGCUUGAAAAGGUGGCAAACAUCGUAUGUGUCAGGCUUUUGUAAGAUCUUAUCAUUUCAUUUUAAAACACCUUAUUUAUUUAUUUUUUAUUUGUUUUUGUCGUUGCCAAAAAUAACCUGUUCUAUAUAAACGUUGGACUCUCUUCAUCUCCGUUUUUUUCCCAAUACAUAUCCAUUGAAGUUGUCAUUAUCUUUCCAUUUAAUUACAUUAUUUCCAUUUCUUCUAUAUACACGUCAGCCAAAGCAUUUUGACAAGGAGUUCAAUGCAUUCGUGUUAGUAUGUGAUCAGAGAGAAACUAAUCAUCCAUCUGAUUCUUAUGGGUCUGCUUGAUUCAUUGCUGGGCACCAAUGCGAGGAAGUUCAUCAAGAGGAAAGACAGUGAUGCAGGAGAAGCAGGUCAAGCAUUGGAAGAACUUAGAGGUUCUCUUUACAAUGAUAUUCGGACUUCAGAAGGAGCUAAGCGCCAGCAACAACGGUUUUGUGGACCAGCUGUGGCAAUGACCUUCAAUUUCAUGGCCGCUGUGGGGGUUAUCAUGGCAAACAAAUUAGUGAUGAAGAAAGUUGGGUUUAAUUUUCCAAUCUUCCUCACAUUAAUCCACUAUUCCACUUCAUGGAUUCUACUUGGCAUUCUUAGAGCAUUGUCAUUGCUUCCAGUUUCCCCUCCCUCUAAAGCUACUCCUUUCGCUCCUCUCUUCUCAUUGGGCGUUGUCAUGUCCUUUGCAUCCGGUCUUGCCAAUGCCAGUCUAAACCAUAACAGUGUUGGUUUCUAUCAGAUGGCUAAAAUUGCAGUCACUCCUUCCAUUGUUCUUGCAGAGUUCAUUCUCUUCAGGAAAACAAUUUCCUACAAGAAGGUUUUGGCUUUGGUUGUCGUCUCAGGGGGUGUGGCAAUUGCAACUGUGAAAGAUUUGGAGUUCAACUUCUUUGGUGCUUGCAUUGCAAUUGCAUGGAUAAUUCCAAGCUCAAUAAAUAAGAUUUUGUGGUCUAAUCUACAACAACAUGCGAACUGGACUGCUCUAGCGUUGAUGUGGAAGACAACGCCUGUAACGAUUUUUUUCCUAGUAGCCUUGAUGCCAUGCUUGGAUCCACCAGGACUGUUAUCAUUCAAGUGGGAUCUCUACAGCUCAUCUGCUAUUUUUCUGACAGCUCUCCUUGGUUUUCUCCUACAAUGGUCUGGGGCUUUGGUACUCGGGGCAACUUCUGCAACAUCUCAUGUGGUUCUCGGACAGUUCAAGUCUUGUGUGAUCCUCCUAGGAGGUUUUCUAAUUUUUGGUUCAGAUCCUGGGUUUGUGAGCAUCUGCGGAGCCCUCACAGCUCUCGCCGGAAUGUCUAUUUACACAUCACUAAACUUGCAGGAGUCACGUGAAAAUUUGAUUUUCCAGCUUCAGGCACAAACGCUGCCUUUAUCAAAACCCAAGACAGAACCUGAAACUACCACCACAGAUGACCAAACUUAGAUGAAGCUGGCACGGCAAAUGCUGCUUGAUUCGUUUUGUUAGUACGAAAUCUUUAACAAUGUCUUGAUGCCAUCAUUCUACCUCAGGAAUUUUGAUUCCGGCUCUUAGUAUACUUGUACAGUAAAUAUUGCUUUUUCUGCCGCCCAGUCCUGCUGCGAGAGAUUUUUUUUUUUUUUUUUGCUUUUAGAGAAUUAUUUGGUAUUGAAUCUGAAAAUACAAUUGUUUUGAUUUUGACUUUAUUUUA